AUGAUUAAUCCUUUAUAAGGCAAUGGAGCGGAGUAGCAAUUUUUUGUUAAAGAGCCCUCAGAGAUUCAACCUCAUUUUGACUAUUAUGAAACAGAGUCAAUAAACGAUAGCUAAAUUGAUGGUCUUUAAUCCGAAUCUUCCGAUGAUGUAUCCAAAAAUUUCAAUCAAGAUUCACUCAAUAGAGAGGACGGACUAUAAAACUAAAUUACAAACCCAAGGUUAUAGGAGGAAAGAAAAGGGGAUGCAGCGGGUGAGUAUUUUAACUAGGAAACUUCAAACGGUAAGAGUCGGUUCAAAUGCACCUACCAUGAUUGUAAUAAGAGCUUUUCAAGAAAAAGUAGAUUAAAAGCACAUCUGCAUCUCCAUCUUGGAACUUAGCCAUUCAAAUGCCCACAUCCAGGAUGCAAUAAAGCAUUCUCGGAACGACCUAAUCUUGUUAUUCACAUUAGAAUCCACACUAAAGAGAAGCCAUUUAGCUGUCAGAUGUGUGGAAAGACAUUCACCACAAAAGGCAAUAUGAAAGACCAUUAUAGACGCCAUUUCAAACAAAAGUAUCUUAUUUUCUUAGAUAAUCUAUAGGCCGUGUAAUAAUAACCGCAAAUAAUCUAAACCUUUGUACCCGUUUACAUUAAUCAGUAACAGAUGUUCCCACUACAGGUACCGUAAAACUACAAUCUUUCUUAAAAUCAACACUUUGGAGUUAAUUAUCCGAUAACCAUUGUUAAUAACCCUGUAUCAGUAGCUCAGCCACUGUACACUUAGCAUUAAUCAUAUCUUCAGCCAGGCAACUUCACAAUGUCAAACAAUUACACUUAGCAAAAUUUAUAUCGAUGA